CUUGUUCUCACUUGAGCAUAUUUUCAUGGUGGGAAAAAAUUAACUAUAUAACUUAGUUAUGCUCUUUUUAUUCUUUAGGACAAAGCAAUGGUGGAAAUGGAAUGGCAUGGAAGAGGGCUAUCUCCGCCAAAAUUGUAAAGGCGGAGGGAGGAGGGGUAUGAAAAUUUUGUGGUUAUAUAAUUACCAAGAAGAUCUGUGUCUGAAUCUUGCAGGUAGGAGAUGAAAAAGAGAGUUGUCCCUGGAUUCAACUUUGGCGAGUUGUGACCAUCGCAUAGUAGAUGGUUUUCUUGGAGACAGGGAAAGUAUUAUUGUGUUUGAUCGGCCACAAUAAUAUAUAUAUUCUUUUUUCACCAUGAAUGAGAAUAUAGAAGAACAAAAGAAGGGCAAGUAUGUUCUGAUCCGUGAAGAGGAGGACAAUGAGUUAGGAGGACUCUUCUAUAAGCCUCUUCCUUUCUUUGGUUUUGGAAUCGGAUGGUUCUCGUUUCUUGUUGGCUUCUUCUUCCCAUUUGCGUGGUACUUGGCCACAUUUCUAUAUCUCACUAGCUAUUACCGUAGAGAUCCCAGGGAGAGAUCUGGUCUUGCUGCCUCUGCCAUUGCUGCUUUGAUAUUCACUGUUGCACUGGUGAUCACCGUGCUUGUUCUUGUUUUCUCGGCUCGCUAGAGAGUCCUCCCCUCGGUUGUAUAUUCUUUCUAAAGAAAACAACUUCAAGCCUGUUUCAACAAAUGAAAGUUUUCUAUUGUUGGUGAUAGAAGAGAAUGUUGUGAGGGUUUCAAAGAGAAGGUACUGCUUAGUCCUUCUAUGAUUUGUCUUUUUGUACAUAAACACAGUCUUUAUACAUAAAACUACUGGAGGAUAUAUAUA